UAGAGUGCGGGACUUUUUAAAAGUGCGCUUCAAACAGUAAUUGCAACGGUUCGUGUACAUUAACAUUUUCCACUAUUCUAAAAGAUUAAUAGAACUGUCGCAGAGGAGAAUAAGUGGAUAGUCAUAAUUGUAUUUAGAAAGGAGUUUGGCAACUUUUUUCUACAAUCAAAAAGUGCAAUUAAAUUAGAAUAAAGAAAAUUGGAAAAGUCGCCAGACAAAAAAAAAUCAAACUUGCCAACGAGCCUAUCAUAUUUUUUGUCUGAGUGUAUAAAGAAAAAAUUACCAUUAAAAUGGUUGGAGCAACAAAAAUUCGUAUUGAUGAGAAUGAUGCCAACACUUUUGCAAACGUGAAGAGGUUUGGUGUUGCUAAUGCAACGGAAAAUACAAAGCGUGCAGCCUUAGGAGACUUACAGAAUCGCGCAGUCCUAAGACUUGCAAAUGCUAAAGAAGCUGCACAGAAAGAUAUUGAUGCGAAAUUGAAAAAUGUCAUUCAAAAUACAAAACCACGUGUGGAUACACACUGGAAAAAAGCGUCAGGAGCUACUGUCAAGUCAUCAAACACAGCUGCUGAACAGCCGAAAAAGAUUCUCACACGUUCAAACUCUACGCGCGCAGCUGGUGUUACUGUCGAAUCUUCAGCUUUGCAAAGAAAUGGUGUAGUUGGCCUGAACAAGCACAAGACGCUUACUACAAAAGUAGUUGAACACAAAAUACAACAGGCAAAACUCACUAAAGCUAAGGUUGCCCAGGAGGAAAAACCAAAGAAAUCGGGCGAAACACUCACUUUAAGGCGUGAAGAUAGCAACUUAUCACUUAAAUCGCUGUCAAAAUUAAAGGCAGCUUUGUCAAGAGAAGCGAAUAAAGUUGCUGCCGGAAAACUCUCAGAACAUUUAAAGCCUGAAUCGAAAAGUGUUAGUGAGUCCGAUUCGGACAGCGAAAACAAAACAAAUGUUGAAUCACAAAUAUCAGAUUUAGAAGCUGCUGAUGUAGAAGAGUUCGAUGAUGUUGAAGAUAUUGAUUGUGGUGAUGCUGAUCAACUAUUACUGGUAUCUGAAUACGUGAACGAUAUAUAUAAUUACCUCUUUCAAUUGGAGGAUGAGCAGCUUGUACAAGAAAACCAUUUGGAUGAUCAAUUGGAAGUUUACCCCAAAAUGCGCGCUGUACUCAUCGAUUGGAUCAACGAAGUGCACUUCCAGUUUCAUCUAACACCAGAAACAUUCCAAAUGACAGUAGCAAUUAUAGAUCGCUACUUGCAAGAAGUAAAGAAUACCAAACGCACACAUUUGCAACUGGUAGGCGUGACUGCUUUAUUCAUUGCAGCCAAAUAUGAAGAAUUGGUGCCACCAUCAAUUGCCGAUUUCGUCUACAUCACCGACGACACAUACAAUUCCAAACAAAUCGUGCAAAUGGAGUUGAAAAUCAUAAAAACACUCGAAUGCAAUUUGUCGCGCCCCUUGCCAAUACACUUUUUGCGUCGGUUCUCUAAGGCGGCUAAAGUCGAAGAUAUCCACCAUGCGAUGGCAAAAUAUUUUCUCGAAUUGACAACAAUCGAAUACGAUUUAGCAGCAUACAAGCCGUCUGAGAUUGCCGCUGCAUCCCUCUUCUUAGCUCUGCAUUUGCUUAAAGAUAACGCUAAAUUACCAACGGCCUUCAAUGAUAAGCACUGGUCGCCCACAAUGCAAUAUUACUCACGCUACACAGCAGAGCAUUUGCGACCCAUUGCCAAGAAAAUUGCGGUUGUAGUGCGAAAUGCACCAACUGCCAAACUGAAGGCUGUCUACACGAAAUACCAAUCAUCGAAGUUAUAUAAAAUCGCGAUGCGUUCAGAGUUAUAUGAUAAACUCAUUGAUUCGAUAAUCAACCACGACGAAUGAGAGAGUGUUAAUAGGGGCUGCAUUGCGCUUAAUUUCUGUUUGUGUCGUUUAGUUUAAUUGUUUUCUUUUUCUACUUUAUUUUUUAAACAUUUCAAUAUUUUUAUUAUCAAAUAUUCCUAAAUAAUAUAUAUAUUUUUAAUUUGUAAGUUUUAUGCGACAAUUUAAAUUAGAUUAAAAAUACUGUCUCGUAUCGUCGGUCGAAUGUCAAAUAUAGAUAAUAACUUCCAUGUAAUGCUUUGCAUUAUAGCAGUGAAAGAAGUUAGUAAUUGUGGAAUUAUGUCAUCGAAAGCAGCAAUCAAGGAGAAUACUUACAUCAACUCAUAUGUUUGUAUGAGUACGCGGAUAUUUAGUGUUAAAUAAUUGCUGACAUUUUGUCAUAAUUAAUGUAAUGUAUGUUUGUAUUAGAUCUUUGCAAAAAUGCAACAUUUCCUUAAUGUGAGGAAAGCACCGACUAAGCAACGUAUAUUAGUGACUGAAUGUACUUUAUAUCAAUUUUUUUUGUAUCAAAACUGUUGCUACUGUAUUAAGCGUCUUCUUUCCCGCACCGAUAGCAAUUAUUUUUGUAAUUUUUUAACAAAUGUAAUUGAUUUGGUUGCUUUUGGAGUCAGCAUACACAACAGCGCGCAGUUUUUUUUAUAUUUAUGUCCACAUUUGGCAAAAUUAUAAUUUAAAAAUAUGAAAAACUAAAAAAAAAAUAUAAAAUUGAACAAUGUUUGUAAGACUCAAACAGCAUGUAUUAUUCUGCUAGAUUUGUUAUUUAAAGUUCACAAGCCUAAGCAUAGUGGCAACGCAAGCAACAUCAAGCCUGCUAUGCUAAAAAUCUCUCUGAUUAUAUGUGAAUGUAACUUUUAUGUAUGAUUAAAACAUUUUGCACAAAAAAUAACAACAAUAGUUUUUAUUUUCAAAUUUCACGCUCCAGCUUGAACUUGUUUUUGGUGUUCUGUAGCUAAACGUUUCAUGUGAAGUAGUCUUAAAUAUUUCAAGUGUUUACUAAUUUCAGACCGUACACUGCACACAUUUUUGCUUAUAUGUAUGUAUAUGCGGAGGCGUCGUUUUCAAUUUUACAUGCGUUUUUUGCACCAGACGACCCGCACAGAGGUCGAUACGACGCGCAUAUUUCGGUAAUAGCAGCUCAGCAGCAAAGCAAAGCGACGAGCCACACAUCGAAUAAGCGAAAGAAAAUUUCAACAAUUUUCUAUGUACCAUGCAAGCAUGUGCAUGGGAAGAGGCAGCGGCGGCAAGUAUGUCAAUUCCAUCACGUACGCUUAUCCAACAAGCAUGCACCAAUGCCAACAAUCGUGCAUGUUUGGAAAGUAGUAACCGUUUUCCAAAACUGAGCCCCUGCCAAUGCGGGCAGCAAUUUUUUCAGCCGCUCAGUUUGGUGCUGCAAAAAGACGGCCGCUGUUUGGUUUAGCCUGCGCCAGUAAUUAUUAAUGUUGAUAAGGGGAUAUAAAUGUUUGCUUGCAACCAUGUUUUUUGGCUUUGCUGCCAUUAUCUAUCGUCUCCCCCCACUUCGAAUAAAAUACUUUCAUAUAUGACCCCUGCUCUAUAUAUUUGUGUGUGCGUGUGUUCGCUACAUCGUAAAAGUGUCGAAAAAUAAUGACGCUCAUAAAACCGUCAAACUCGGAUUUCGAAUAGGCGCACAGCAAAAAUAAGAAAGUGGCGCUUUUAUGCUCAAAAUGUAAACACAAAUGACAAGCUGCACAACAGCUCCCAUAACAGUUGUAAUUUUGGUAAAUUCUGUUAAUGUACAGCGAACUGUAAUAGUUUGACUGGCAAACUGACCUUGCGCAAAAAUAAGUAUGUAUGUAUGUAUGCAUUUACAUAAGUGUGCAUAAAAUUUACCUAAGCGCUCAAAUGGCGCUACGUAAAUGUCAUAGGCCGUCGCAUAUGUAUAUGUAUGUAUGAACCUAUGUACAUAUGCCGGUGUCACACCAUUGGAAUGCCAGUAGGUAACACAGCUGUGACCGGUAAAUUGUCUUUCUUUCGUUGAGACAAUACAGAAAACGGUAUUUGUGUAAUACAUAUAUAAAUAUUCAAGGCACUGGUUUAUGGAGCCGCAACGUACCUGGACUCCGACUAAAGGAUUCCAGCUAUAUAAAAUUUGACAAGAUUAGUUUAGGUAUAUUUUCAAGAUGUUUUAACAAAACAAAAACAACCUACAUAUGUAUGUACAUAUGGACGCGCAAGUAUAAAGGGAAUAAAAGGAAAAUGCAGGCAAUUUGUAGGUAAACAAGAGAUAAGUGCCUUCGUAGAAUAUACGUAUGUGUAGGAUUAUCCUUUUUCUUUACUCAUAGUGCCUGCUAGUCGUUGCUUCUAUGCCUAAACAUCUGAUGUGCGUAUUUUUAUCGUCCAACUAAUUGGAGAUUGAUCAUUCGAGUGUAAAGUCCGAGCUUUAAUAUAACAAACUUCUUUAUUAAAAGAUUGCUUAAGCCAGAAGUGUUAUCAAGAAUCCAAGAUAAGACAUUUCUGUUAGGUGAUUGCUAGAAAAUUAUUCAUAAGUUCUGAGUUUACCUGGGCAGUAUUUGAAUCUAUGAAUCAGUCUUAACACUCAACAAAUUAGUUGCAACGACAGAUAUUGCAUUACUGCGUUACAUGAACCAGAGAGAAAAGCUGUUAGAACUCCAACUUCAACUCCUCGCACAAACCAUUUUAAUUAAAGAAAAAUUGCAUAUUUUUUUCUAACCUCACUUUAUUAUUUUUUCGCAUGACAAUAACUUGUUAUUUGACUGUAUUACCUAACAAUAAUUUUAGUUUAAUGCAGUGUAAUUUACAGUUAUAAAUACUUCAAUAAUCGAAUAAUCAAAAUAUGCUUUUGAGAAGUCAUCUGCCGAAUUUGUGCAACACAUAAAACACAAACUAAUUUUUAAGCGCUCUCGUUAAAUGCUUUACAUGCGCACAUAUUCAGCAUAUGACCUCAUCGAAGUUGGGACACCAAAGUUUUAGAGUGAACACUGCAGACCUUCAGCAACCGUAUAUAAUUAUUUCGAAUUGAGUCCCUUGAUUAUGCUAAGCUUAUUGAUGCAUAUACAUACAGUUAGAUAUUAGAAAAAAGGAAACAUGAAUGGAGUUUUUCUAUUUUUUAUAAUUAUUUAAUUUCGAUUUUUUUUCUUCGCUUUAUCUGGUUCUUUAUCUUUACGUUUAUAGUGUAUAAUUGUAUUAUAUGUAGACGCGACCUGCAUUUGUUGUUGGUAUUAUUCGCGCUUCUAUUUAUGAAAUAGUGUAACUUGUUAUUGUUGCUACUGUACUAAAUCAGCUUGGCUUUGCACAGCACAAAUCAUCACUUAACCCUGGAAAGUCGACAAGAAUUUUGAGACAA